AUGGCGACAGUGGCAGAAAAUUCUGUGAUCAAAGUUGCAGCUCUCAGUGGAUCCCUUCGCAAAGCUUCCUUACGUUUUUCUUUUAUACACAUGAAGUAUCAGCUUGUGGCUAAACAGCGUCUUUCCAGUGGCAGUGAUAGUCAGCCUGAUGAGAGGAUAUGUUAACGAGGUUCCUCUAAUGUUGUUCUUUUGAGAAAGCUUGAAGUUGCAUUGCAGGAUCAUCAAGUAGAUGAAGCUUGGAUAACAUCUAUUGACUUCAAGAAUCUACAUGGCUAAUUUCCUAUGGGUUCCAAGGUCAGUAGGUUAAUUUCUCUAGUUUCCUACUCAUCUGACCCUCACUGGUUUUAAGAAGCAUGUGAUCUGGUCUUCCUAACAUUGAAAGGAAAAACGGAUUUGACAGUUCCAGUCCUGACAAAGAUCCCACUCUCCUUAGCUAGAGCACAUAUGCCUGUUCCUACCUCUAUGAUUCUAAGGGUGAUUCUAGAGAGGGAGAAUAUGCCCCCGUUGCAUAUAUUAUGGUCAGUGGUUUCACAUACGGUGAAGAUGGAGAUUGGGACAUGUCUGGUGUCAAAUUUCUUGGUUCAGAUGUGUGAUGGUUUUCUACCUUUAGGUUCUAAAAGAAGUGUUCAUCCUAAAGUGGUAAAACCUGAUGCAAUGGCAUUCAAUCUAGUUCUUGGUUGUGUGAGGUUCAAAUCAUCUCUGAAAGGCCAAGAAAUAGUUGAUUUGAUGUCACAAACAGGUGUUAUUUCCAACGCACACUCCAUUAUUGUUGCCCAGAUCCAUGAAAUGAAUGGGCAGAGGGAUGGGAUCAAGAAAUUGAAGGAUAAAGUUGAUAGAGUGUGUUUAAAGUUUGAUGACAUUGACUCUGCUGCAGAGCUCAUUUUAGAUAUGCAUAAUCAAGAGCUUGUAAUGUUUUGGAGUGGAGAACUUCUCCUUAGUAACAGAGCCCUGGCAAAGCUUGUCAAUGGAUACAGAAGACAUGGGAGAACUUCUGAGCUUUCAAAGCUUCUACUUUGUUGGAUGGAAAUGGUUCAUGACAUCUUGAACGACAUGGAUGCAGCUGGGGAUCUCACAGGCUUUACCCAACAUAUGGCACUCUUAACUGCAUAUUACAGUAGAGAGAUUUCGAGAAAUGAGAGAGGAAGAGAAGGCUUUUCCUUCUGGGGUAUCAAGAGCAACACUGGUAGCAAGGACUUAGAGGAAAGUAGGGAUCUCUAUGAGGUUUUGCCACUGGAUUUUAUCCGAGGAGCUUAUUUUGAGAGAGCAAUGGAGGUCAGUGGUUAUAUGAAAGAGUGUAAUAUGCAUCGUGACAAGUGGAUGUUUAAAGAUGACUUCUUGAAGCUUCAUAAGAAUCUAUGUUGGAGUUUAAAAGCAUCGGAGGCAAGCACUGAGGCUCAAAGAAAGAGCCUUGAGUGUGUCAAGGCAUUCAGGAAGUGGGCUGGAAUUGAUUGA